AUGGAUGCGUCGCAAGUAAACCGGAUGGGCAAAAGUACGGCUCAGAACGAUGACCGCAGCGGCACAAGCCACGAUGGACAACAGCAUCAACCCUUGUAUCCACCGAUGUUCGGAGAUGUAAAUGCUUCUCAGGGCAUACUCGAGCAAGACCUCACCCUGGAUGAUUUCUCUAAUGCCCCUUUUGACUAUUCCAGUCUGAGCAGUCUGUAUAUCCCUAGCUCUGAGACGGACUUUGUGUCUGCGAUGCCGCCUAUGGAUACCUUUGAGCCGUCGUAUGAUCUACUUGGGACUGCUGAGGGCAAAGGCUUGGAAAUUCCUCAUGGCUGGAGUAAUGAGUACAUGGCAGAUCUUGCCCCACUAGCCUCGUCCUUGGCCAGCAGGGAGAUUCAAAGGUCUGGCAAGUCUUGGAGUCAGAUCCUUGCAGAUGGACGCAAACAGCAACAUAGCGGUCUGCCUCGUCGACGGAGUCGUUAUCGUCUGAAUCGUAUGGACAGCAGCAGCACGACUACGAGCAUACCUAUACCGGAGUCUUCUUCUGCUGAGCGCUAUGACCCGCUGCAAAGAUACCAGAACUCUCCACCCGAGGAUGACUAUGUUUCUAUGGCUGCUGUAGAGCAAGCGCUGCAAAGCAGUGAGUUUGACAUACUGGAGCCGAGUCAACCCAGCCAGCCUGCAGAGCUAUACUAUCCCGGCAGAGGACGUCGGAGUCGCCCUGGAUCCAUCGCUAGUGUGGAGAGCGCAGCAAGUUCUCCAUCAGUCCGGUCUUCAAACUCUGCAGCAUCCAGCAUCUCUGCCAGAUCACGUUCAGCACGCCGACGACCGCAAAGGACGCGCAAGCCCAAGACACAAUCAGACAAAGCGCACAUCUUCAAAUGCACAUUCUGCUGCGACACUUUCUACAAGAGAUACGACUGGUCACGGCACGAGAGAUCACUACAUCUGAACCUAGAAGUCUGGAUAUGCUGUCCCCAAGGCGGUUCCGUAUUCUCAGAAGCCACUGGCAGAAACCACUGCGCCUAUUGUCAAGUUCUAGAUCCCACUCUCGAGCACCUGGACAGCCACGACCACAGUAACUGUGUAAGAAGCUCUCGUCGCCAAUUCAAUCGCAAAGACCAUCUAGUCCAACAUCUCAGACUCUUCCACCGAUUACAAACCAUGCCACUGAUCGACGACUGGAAAACCCAAGGUCCAAACAUCACCUCUCGCUGCGGCUUCUGCGACCGCAGACUCACAAACUGGGAAGAGAGAAUCGAGCACUUGUCCGGCCAUUUCCGCGCAGGACGCACAAUGAAAGACUGGCGCGGCGACCACGAAUUCGAACCCGACAUUGCCGCCAGAGUGACAAACGCGAUCCCUCCUUACCUCAUCGCCGACGAAUCAGAGACAUUGGUGCCGUUUUCGUCAACCAGUCAUGUAGUCAGAGAUCACGUCGCACAGAUUUCUUCGCGGUUGACGGCUAUGCCAUCCGAGCCAUCUGAACCGACUUCGCCUUUGCCGCUUACGCCCGAGAUGGAAGCUGCGCCCGCGCAAACGAAUAACUUGACCUUGAAUGAGAUGGUCAUCUUUCAUCUCGGUAGGUAUGGAAGGCAACAGUUGAGUUUGGGGAUCACGCCUACGGAUGAGAUGUUUCAGAAUGAAGCUCGAAGGCUGCUUUAUGAUUCGGACGAUGCUUGGAAUCAGUCUCUUGUGGAUAAUCCCGAGUAA